AUGGCUAAAGCAAAUAGCACCGCUCAGAUCUUAUUGCUUUUCUUUCUAGUUUUCUCUCUGACAUUCAUAAGCCUGCAGGCACGGAUUUUCCAGGAUCACCAGCACAUCAGGAGAAAGAUAGACAGUAAUAGUCUGUUGCAUGAGUUGGGUUUUGAUCUGUCGAAACUAGAGAAAUAUUCUACAAGGAGGUCUCUCAGUGAUAGGGUCUCACCGGGAGGACCAAAUUCUCAGCAUCAUUAA